AUCUUGGAGAGAAUCCCAUUAGAACUCGAGAGGGACACGAGCGUGGCUCUGUCCCCAGCGAGAGUGGACUGGAAAGAAACAGCAGAUGGGCAUGAGAUAAUGCUCGAUGUUCCUGGUUUGAAGAAGGAUGAAGUAAAGAUAGAAGUGGAGGAGAACAGAGUUCUGCGGGUGAGUGGAGAGAGGAAAAGAGAAGAAGAGAAGAAAGGAGACCAGUGGCAUAGAGUGGAGAGAUCAUAUGGUAAGUUCUGGAGACAGUUCAAGCUACCUGAUAAUGUGGAUAUGGAAUCAGUCAAGGCUAAACUGGAGAACGGUGUGCUCACUAUUAACCUCACUAAGCUAUCCCCUGAUCAGGUUAAGGGUCCAAGAGUUGUUAACAUUCCAGCUGAAGAGGACCAAACUGCAAAAAUCAGCUCUUCUGAAUCCAAAGAACUCUAAUUGAAUAAACUAUAUACUACUUUCUGAGUGUGACGAAGAGAUAAAUCCAAGAGUCUUGUGUUUCAGGUUAUGUAUGCUAUUAAUGGAGUGUUAUGUUUUGUAACCUAUCUACCAAAAUCUGUAUAACCUUCCUGUAUCCAGUAAAAUUUUCACGUCAUUAUAUUAUAGAACAUCAUUUAUGAAAA